CAAAAGAUCCAGAAAAUGAUUGAAAAAAGACGCUUUGGUGGCGAAAUCAAAGUUGGCAGCGUGGAAGAGUUCAGGGCAAGAAGAAGAGUAAUCAUCUUGUCAACAGUUAGGAGCACCAAGAAAGAAUAUCUGGAGAUGGACAAGGACUUCCGCCUCGGAUUCCUCAACAAUCCCAAGAGAUUCAACGUGGCCAUAACUCGUGCCCAGGCUCUCUUGAUUCUCAUAGGGAAUCCGGACAUGCUCUGCUUGGACGAGAACUGGAAAACUUUUGUAGAUUAUUGUCGAGAAAACAAAGCUACUGUUGACGUGGAGAGGAAAGAAAAGGUGGAAGACAUUGCAGAUACUUUAAAAAGACUCAAAAUCUUCUCCUCAGGCGCUUCAGAAUAUGACGAAGACGGCUCAGAAAUUAGCCAGCGUCAGCUUCAAGAACACCCAGAGUGGACUAGGCACGAGUAAAUGUCUCUAUUCCAAUCUCCAGCUGCGCUAGAACCUUAUCAUCUUGUAAUUAAUUUUUAAACAAAUCAUCUUCGAGGACUUUUUAUUUGAACUUUCAGUGUUAGAUUUUGUAAGUUAGGAUUUGCAAU